AUGCAAAAAACAGAGUCGACUGCCGGUGCCUCUGGCAUCAGCGGCACGCCGAUCCCAUACGACAACGAGAUUAUCGUGCUGGAUAGCGACACAGAAGACAGCGACGGGCCCGGACGCAAUCACGACGCAGAUGACAGCGGUGGUGGCUGCACGGGCGACGACAUGACGUCGACUGAGCAUCUUAUCGACGAACAAGGCGAUCUGCAGCUGGUAGUGACGGCUGGACCGCGAAUCCGCCAAGUCUUCCGAGUAGAUUCGCGGGCUCUGGCACGGUCGUCUGAGUUUUGGCACCACCUAAUCAACACUUCUGAUGAUGGGCCGCCGACAAGCAAAGACAUAGUAGAGGUAGACACGGGACCACAGUAUACCUUUACGUCCCUUCAAGCCUUGCUCUCACAGCCAGACCCUCCUGCUCUCGUCCCUGCAGCCGAGAUGUCGACGCCCACGAGAACGACAGGUUCCAUUUUUGGAUGGCCUGAUAGCCCAGACACCUCCUCACGACCUCUGGCAUCGCAGUGGAUGAGCAACCAUCAGAGCUUGGGAGGACAAAUGCCUGCCGGAUCACCAUCUCAGGUACCCCAGACGUCUUCGGCAUCCCCAACAGCACCAGCCAGUCCUUUUUACAGUAUGACGGUGAGCCCUUUUGCGAGUGCUAGCCACAACCAGGUAGACGCUUUCAGCUCUGUGGCUCCUGUUCCGUUCAUCUUGCCGGGAACGCCGGUGACGACAGCGACGACGACGGCGACAACAACAUCGGCUAGCGGGGUUGUCUCUGGCAUGUCCAACCCUCUGCAGGCCACCGAAGCCGGCCGCACGAUCCACCUCGACCUGGCCGAGUACCGGACGCAUGUGGACUGUCUGGGCACGCUGCUGUAUGCAGCACACGGACGGCUGGACCGGGUGCCAACGCAGCCGACACUGCGCGAGUUCUGCUCGCUGGUUGUGUUGGCCAACCGAUGUGACAUGGUGCCGAUCAUGCGCGGACACAUCCACACCUGGCUGCACACGGCAGUCAUGGCAGACGACGACGAAGACGAUCUGGGCGGGCUGAACGGCCGGGGGAAGGGCAGCGGAAGCAGCAGCAACAACGGCCAUGGCCGUGGUGGUGGCGUGCAGUCGCCGGGGAUUCCACCAGGCCUGUUCACACGGCUGCGCAUCUUCUGGGAGGUUGGCAGCCAGACUGAGUUUCAGCGGACGCUGGCUAUGCUGGCGUGGCACACGCAGAUGGACGGCAAUGGCGGCUUGGCCUGCAACCAGCAGAACUCGCGACUGCCGCGGCCGGUUGUGCGGGAAGAGGUCGUGGCGGUGACUGGUGUUGCAGACAAUGUUGCUUCGCACCGGAAGCGCAUCAUCACGCUGGCCCUCGACCUACUACACCGACGCAUCCAGCUGUUGCAGGGCCCGAUGUCCGGAUCGAAGCUGCCGCCCGACCAGAGCGACGGAAACACCAUCACAGCCUGCGACGCCAAUGGCGAGAGCUGUUCGUGUGCUGUAGGCAAGCGGGCGGGCCGCGACUGCGAUGCGUACUAUUACGGACUGUUGGUGCAGGAGCUGGGACGCAAACGUGUGGAUCCGCACAGGCUGCCAGUGCCGGCGGCGGUCCGCAAGAGCCCCCAUGCGCUGUGCGCCAUCCUCGAGUACGUGCACGACGCCAUCGAUGAGCGCACACAGCCGCUGCAGAGCCGCUUUCUCAAUGGCCAUGGCCACUGUAACCCGUUGAGUCCUAUGAUCGUACAGCUUAAGAGUCUUCGGGACGAAGAUACCGCCGAUUUGACCGAGGCCCAGCGGAAACACUUUCAGGAGCAGAGCCUGAAGAUGGGAAAGAAGUAUUGGGGGAUGUAA